GACUAGUCUCCCCACGCCAUCUAUCUGGGCAACUCAUGACGUUUCCCACACUUUUGAGAAUUUGAAUAAUUAUUUUAAAUGCCUUUUUUCUGUUCUCAUUAUAAAUCUGUCGUAUUAAUUCAAUAUCUCAAUCAUAUUCAGCUCAUUACUACUUCCAAAUUCAUCAUCUCUACAAUAUAGCCAUCACAUUCUUCCCAUUUCAAUCUCACCACCCAGGUCAAAGAUACGCCUCCCGUCAAAUUAAUCAGACAUUACGGUUCCAGUGAUUGAAUGCACAGUGUAAAUUUAACAUCGUCACUCCCAUAUUAUCCCGAUUCCGAAAUAUAUCACACCAGAAGUACUUUUCGACUUAAUCACCCUCGUCGACUCCAUCAUCUCGAAGUCAUUAAAAUCAUAACAUCCUCAGAAUGCCAACUGAGUGUGAACUCCUAGCAAGCAUAUGGUGCUCGCCAGCACCUAUAGAACCUCUCGCAAAGGCACUUCACACUGAAUGCCUAUCAUACCUCGAAUCGGUCAAAUUGGCAAUACCCCGUACUUUACAAAGCCUACCUGCCGAGAUCCAAUCCCAGAUUAUUGAGAAGCUAGGAUUUGUAGGAAGAGCUAAAUUGCGAGAGACGAACCAUUUCUACAACGCCACUAUUUCAGCCGUUACUCCUAAUAGCGAAGAACUCCGUGAGUUGAUUCUUGCUACCGAAUCGGAAGAUUAUGCAACGGAAAAACAACUAUUGGCUUGUAACAGUUGUCUACGCUUGCGACAUGCAUCUAAAUUUAGAGACACUCAGACAAGAGGAAAAAGAAUCCGCAAUGGAUCAGAGCGCCAUCUUCGUCUUUGCCUGCAGUGUGCAAUAUGGAAGGGGUGGUAUCGGCUUGGUAAAUUUAUUCAAGUAGAUGGCGAGGAUGUAUACCUCUGUCGAUGCAGGAGGGUCACACUAAGGGCACACCUUCCUCCUAAUUGGCUUACCCAUAAACGAUGUACAGAUUGUUAUUUUCAAACAGAAGAAUCGCGGAAGAUGAGAAAAGACCCCGAUCGCGCGCGGGAGAAACCAUGGAUGGGAUUGAUGAAAGAGUUCACUUUAUAGCAGAGACAAAUGGUCCAGUGAUCAUUGUGGUUUGCAUUGUAUAAGUACAAAGGACCACCUGCUUUCACCAAAGAUCCCGAAGCACGUUUUUCCAGUUUUCUAUCCCAUAUAGACCAGCUAGAGAAAGAUAUAACAUAUAACCCUACAAAAGGAGCUUUCCUCAUGUACACAACCCUUGGGAAUUUGAAGACUAAACUCGCA